AUAAUCCUUCUCUCUCAAACUUGCAAUUAAAAAGAGUAGUUAGCUGCGGUUGAAUUUUCCUCAAUAAUUCUCAAAAUUAACCAUCAUCAUAAAUUCAUAAUCUAUCAUUUUUGCUCUCAAAUCUCAAUUUCUCUAUUUGAAUUUUUCUCAGUAAAAGCAGUUUGAAACAACCAGAAGUUCAACACCAAACUCAAAAAAGAAAUAGAAAAAAGAAAUAAAGAGUGUAACCCAAGAAGACCGUUUUUGUUCUCCACAAUUACAGGACCUAUGGUCUAGGAGCACAUUAAUAAUUGAAUAAGUGAAGGCACUGCUAUAAUCUGUUGAAUAAAGUCUAAAUGAGGACAUUACUGCCAAAUGUUAAAUAGAUUAUAGUGAAAGGUUGUGUGAGAGUAGGUUGUAAUGAUGUCAAGACCAAUGCUGCUUGUUUUUCUGUUGAUUGUACUCAUAAUCACAUCUCAAUUUGAAUGGAAGCAGCAGCUGGUGAGUGAUGUCGAACCGAGUCCUAGUAUAUCUCAGAAGCAGCAACAGAUCUCAAAGAGAGAAGAAGCUGUUAAAGAGAAGAUUAUAUUAUCACAGGAGAAGAACAUCCAGAGGCUUAACGAUCUCGUGCGGAAUCUCAGGGAACAAUUGCUUCAGUGCAGAAGUAGCAAUGAAACAAUAAGCAACAGUCUUAGCUCACUGGCUGACAUUGCUGAAUUUGAAAAACAGCAAAUUCUUGAGGAUUAGACAGUUGACUUCAAUAUUAAAUUCUCUGUGCUUUCUGUAACUAUCUUUUUUUCUGCUUAUUUUGUGUGUUUUAUCUUGAAAGUCUGCUGCUGAAAUCUGCAAUUUAAUUGUCAUAAUACUAAUUCAUAUGGCAAUACUUGUGUGAAAAAAAGGAGGAAGAAUUUUCA